AUGGCAAGAAGUAGGAGAGCUGUCUGGAUUUCAUCUCUGACUAGAAAACUUCUCACUUUUGUGAUUGCUAUAUCAUGCAUUGCAGAAGAGCGCGACAUAUACAUAGUUCUAAUGGAAGGUGAGCCGGUUGUAUUUCAUCAUCAAAAAAAUUCUGGUACAAUGCCAACUGAGAAAGGAGAAGGAUCCGAUCCCAACAGUGAGGCCUCCAAGUCUCAUGCAAAGCACCUGAUCGACUCCCAUGACCAGCUUCUUCAAACUGCUUUAGACGCAGGAAGCUACACCAAGCUUUACAGCUUUAAAAACAUUGUUAAUGGAUUCGCAUUCCAUACUAGCCCAUCUCAGGUUGAGAGAAUAAAGAAAGCUCCUGGGGUUAAGAUUGUAGAGAGAGACAGGAGAGCCAAAUUAAUGACAACUUAUACACCACAAUUCUUAGGGUUGCCAGCGGUUUGGACUCAGGAAGGAGGAGAUCGAAAUGCUGGUGAAGGAACUGUGAUCGGUUUCGUGGACUCGGGCAUCGACCCUCUUCACCCCAGCUUUGCUGGUGACCCAACCAAUCCUUAUAUAUCAGAACUUCCUCGUUUUUCGGGGACUUGUGAGAGUGGUCCUCUGUUUCCUGAGACUUCCUGCAAUGGCAAAAUAGUUUCUGCUAGGUUUUUCUCAGCUGGAGCACAAGCAGCUACUGCGCUUAAUGCCUCAAUGGAUUUCCUAUCACCCUUUGAUGCUGCAGGACAUGGAAGUCAUGUGGCUUCAAUUGCCGCUGGAAACUUUGGAGUUCCAGUUGUAGUUGAUGGAUUCUACUAUGGAAAAGCCAGUGGAAUGGCCCCACGUGCACGUAUUGCAGUGUACAAAGCUAUUUAUCCAAGCGUGGGAGCUCUAACAGAUGUACUUGCAGCAAUUGACCAAGCAGUUUUGGAUGGAGUGGAUAUUCUAACACUCUCCAUAGGACCAGACCAACCACCAGAAGAUGCGAUUACAUUUUUAGGCACGUUCGAAAUCUUCAUGUUAGCGGCAAACAAGGCUGGAAUUCUGGUCAUUCAAGCUGUGGGUAAUGGAGGUCCCGGUCCUUAUACUGUGGUGUCAUAUAGCCCUUGGACAGUUGGUGUGGCUGCUUCAGAUACUGACAGAAGUUACCCUGGCACUCUUAUUUUAGGCAAUGGUAAAAAAAUUGGCGGCGUGGGACUAUCAGGUCCGAGUUCUGGACAAGGAUUACUUCAACAUAGGCUGAUCUUAGCGAAAGAUGCAGUAAUUAGGAAUGGAAACUUUCCUAGGAUUUCACAGUAUAUAGAAGAAUGCCAAUAUCCUGAGGCACUAGAUCCUGCUGUGGUGCUAGGAAGUGUGGUGAUCUGCACAUUCUCAGACGGCUUUUACAAUGGAACUUCAAACCUUACAGCCAUCAUAAACACAGCAAAAGUUCUUGGUUUCGUAGGUUUUAUGCUUGUUGCAAACCCAAGAUAUGGAGACUUUAUAGCUGAACCUAUUCCAUUCUCUGUUCCUGGCAUAAUGAUCCCAAGAACAAGUGAUGCACUUCUAAUAUCCCAAUACUACGAAGAGCAAACUAGUCGUGAUAAGAGAGGAUUGGUAAUCAGUUACAGCGGAAGAGCAGCAAUAGGUGAGGGAAGGACUGCUGCUUGCAUGGGACGUGCACCUACUGUCAGCAGAUUCUCCGCAAGGGGUCCUGAUUACAUAGACCAACGAAAGAAUCCUACUGAUGUGCUUAAGCCAGAUAUUUUGGCUCCAGGGCAUCAAAUUUGGGCAGCUUGGAGCCCAUUGAGUGCUUCAGAUCCCAUGCUAGCUGGACAAAAUUUUGCUCUAAUAUCUGGUACUAGCAUGGCGACACCUCACAUUUCAGGCAUAGCUGCGCUCAUCAAGCAAAAUAAUCCUAAAUGGUUGACUCCAUGAAAUGUUGCUUCAACGAAUGUGGCAAGCAAACCGGAGACUUAUGUAUGCGGUGUGCUACCACCAGUUGGAGUGAUGAUCGAUAUCCAUCCGCCCUGGUUUAGGGUGGCCCCUCAAGGAAUACAAGACCUGGAAAUAAGACUCAAUGUAACUCAAGCACUCGAUGACUUCAGCUUUGGUGAAAUUGUUUUGACAGGAAGUCUGGAUCAUAUCGCGAGAAUCCCAUUGUCUGUAUUGCCUGUUUCGUUGUCUUAA